CAUGUCUGGAAAUGCAUAAAAAUCAAAUACAAAAUCUAUAAAUUUCAAACAAGUGAAACAAACACAACAUAAAGCAAAGUAAUCCAAAACAAAAAAAAAAAACAAAACAAAUUGUAAAGAAAGCCAACAACUAAAAGUGCAUAUUUCGUGACAAAAAGUAGUGACAAAUUAUGAUCAUCAAGUGAGGCGAACUGAAAACAAUUUAAAUUAUAUAAUUAACCAGUUAGAGCAAUCAACUUUUGCCAAGCAGCGACUGCGUUUGCACACAUUUGCAAUUUACCUUUCAGUCGGUUUGGAUUGUACCAGAUUGGAUCACCUCGAAACGCAGUCGGCCGAGACUUUCGAAACCAAAAUCUAAACGAAAUUUAUAAUAGCUAAAGGAAAUUUAAUCAAAAUUAGCCAAGAUAUACAACCUGCCUGCCAGCCAGCCUGCCUGUAAGCUUUACGUAACCCAACGCAGAGCCAGGGAAAGUGCAUCCGAAGCUUUUGAAGCGGCUCUGGAACCCCCAACCCCCAUACCAUACAAAUACGAUCGUCGAUCGAGGUUUCAAAGCUCCACGCGGGGUAUACGCCCCAUAUAAAAUAAAGAAAAAAAAAAAACAAUCGUACAUCUAAAAAAAGAGAACCGAAGCGAGAGUGCAACUGCAUCGGUCGAUCCAAUCCCAUCGACGGUACGAUCGGGAAAGCCGAGCGCUCGUAACUUGUUCUCCGAGGCUUCGUGCACUUCCUGUGCAGCGCUGCUCCGAUCGACGAUCUGCAGCCACAGCCCCCAGCAACAGGCGAUCAGUUCGCUGGCGAAUGCACCGCUGAUUGCAAUUACUGCAGAGCUGCAUUCCUGGUCAAAAGGCUGGCCACAUUGCGCUGAAGAGAGUCGCCGAGUCGCCGAGCGGUGUGUUGUGAUCUACUGUACUCUCUCUGCUCCGCCGAGCCGAGCAUCGCAUCUCCACUCCACAUCGCAUCGCAUCUCCACUCUCGAUUCUCCACGAGCAACGCAACGUGUCGGAAAAGCGCGAAAGUGGCAAAUAUUAUUUUUGCAACAAACAUCCAUUGUAGUCGAUAAGUGCGGUCAAGUGAAUCUACUAUAUCUCUCCAGUGAAGUUCUUGUAUAGUGCAAAUCAAAAACGUAACAAACUCAGAAACGAAAAAAGAAACACACAUUCGCAUUAAUUCGCAUAAAUAUAGCUUAGCACAUUUUCGGAUUAAAUAUCUACAGCACCCAUUGGAUACAUCAUCAUAAGCAGCAGCACCCCACACACUUGGAUACACAGCGCCUGAGAUACUCUCUACUCGGAAGUUGCAGCAACAAUUCGCUCGAAAAUGGCGGAGGGUAAUGGCGAACUGUUAGAUGACAUUAAUCAGAAAGCCGAUGACCGUGGCGAUGGCGAACGUACAGAGGACUAUCCCAAGCUGCUGGAGUACGGUCUGGACAAGAAAGUCGCUGGCAAGCUGGAUGAAAUCUACAAAACCGGCAAGUUGGCUCACGCCGAGCUGGAUGAGCGCGCCCUGGACGCGCUCAAGGAGUUUCCCGUCGAUGGUGCCUUGAAUGUGUUAGGUCAGUUCCUCGAAUCGAACCUGGAGCACGUGUCAAACAAGUCCGCCUACCUGUGCGGCGUGAUGAAGACGUACCGCCAGAAGAGUCGAGCCAGCCAACAGGGCGUGGCCGCGCCCGCAGCUGCCAUUCAGGUCAAAGGUCCCGACGAGGACAAGAUCAAGAAAAUCCUCGAGCGCACCGGCUACACAUUAGAUGUGACGACAGGUCAGCGCAAAUAUGGUGGGCCGCCACCGGAUUGGGAGGGCAAUGUGCCGGGAAACGGCUGCGAGGUUUUCUGCGGCAAGAUACCCAAGGACAUGUACGAGGACGAACUGAUUCCGCUCUUCGAGGACUGCGGCACAAUCUGGGACCUACGCCUCAUGAUGGACCCGAUGACGGGCACAAAUCGUGGUUAUGCAUUUGUCACAUUCACAAAUCGCGAAGCGGCCGUCAAUGCAGUGCGACAGCUAAAUGAUUUUGAAAUUCGGAAAGGCAAAAAGAUUGGUGUUACGAUAUCAUUUAACAAUCACCGGCUAUUUGUCGGCAAUAUACCUAAGAAUAGAGAUCGCGACGAAUUAAUUGAGGAAUUUUCAAAACAUGCACCUGGCCUUUACGAGGUAAUCAUCUACAGUUCGCCAGAUGAUAAGAAAAAGAAUCGCGGCUUCUGUUUUCUCGAAUACGAGUCACACAAGGCGGCAUCUUUGGCCAAACGAAGGCUUGGCACAGGAAGAAUUAAGGUUUGGGGAUGUGAUAUAAUAGUCGACUGGGCCGAUCCACAGGAGGAGCCGGAUGAACAAACCAUGUCCAAGGUUAAAGUUCUGUAUGUGCGAAAUCUAACCCAGGACGUCUCAGAGGAUAAGCUAAAGGAGCAAUUUGAGCAAUAUGGAAAGGUGGAACGCGUUAAGAAAAUUAAAGACUAUGCCUUUAUACACUUUGAGGAUCGUGAUAGCGCCGUCGAAGCUAUGCGUGGCCUUAAUGGCAAGGAGAUCGGCGCCUCGAAUAUUGAGGUCUCUCUAGCCAAACCUCCUUCGGACAAAAAGAAAAAGGAGGAAAUUCUGCGGGCUCGUGAGCGCCGUAUGAUGCAAAUGAUGCAAGCGCGUCCCGGGAUCGUGGGAUUUGAAACCUUGUCUCCAUACAGAAACCUGUCGCCGACACAUCCCAGCAUGAUGUCCUUGACGCCCAUGCGCCUCCAAGGGGCGCGCAUGCCGCUGCGUACGCCGAUACCUCGCGAAUACGAAUACGAUUACGACUAUUUCGGUUUCUCGGACUACCGCCAAGGGACCUAUACCAACGAAUCGUUCUACGAGGAGCUGUACCGCUCGUAUGAUGGGGAUUACAACUACUAUGAUUACCCGAGCGGCAACGGGGGCAGCGGGGGCGGCGGGAGUGUGACCGGCGGUUCGAUGGUACCGCUCUCGUCGGGCGGCUCCCAGAAUUCACCGCUGUCCGGUGGCCAGCGAUCGGCCAGAGGAUCGGCAAGUGGUCCUAGUGGUUCGACGAGCGUUAUGGGAAUUGGUCGUGGGCAUGGAGUCACAAUGCCGCGUGGCAGAGUCGUUGGCCAACGUGGCAGCAUCAGUCGUCUGGGGGCCCAAACAGCGCCACAGGCGGCGGCAGCGGCAGCGGCGGCGGGACAGGCGGCGGCGGCGGUAGCUCAGCGGGGGGCCACCGGUCAGGGGGCGCCGGCAGCAACCGGGGGGGUCCGUGGGGUGGUGCCAACGCGUCCCAGCGUUCGUGGCACCCAGCACGUCAAGCCGCUACAAAAUUUACCAGUAGUCGGUAAACGUAAGUUCGAUGGAGGUCACCAAAAUCCGGCAGAUGUUAAGCGACGUUACCCGAGCGGUUUAAUAGGAAAUGGCGGCAGUUGGGGCAGUUUACCGCUACCACAGCAACCUUUAGGCACCAAUGGUGAACAGUGGUACAUGGAUACGUUUUCGGCAUGGAGUUAAAACCACACAGCAACCCAAUUGAAAUCAAUUAACGACAACAACAACAACAACAGCAGCAACACCAGGAAGUUACAACCACAUAAAAUAUUAUUCUCCGAGCGACAUCCUGGAGAAGAAUCCUUCGCGUCAUAGUAAAAAAUGAAAGUAAAACGAAAAAAAACAAAAUAGCAACCAUUCUUAAAAGCAAUAAAUUUAAUUUCAACAAACUAUAUAAGGUAUAAGAAAUGCAAUUAGCCACAAUUCAAAAGCAUUGUUUAGAGACUCGUUUCGAUAUUAGUUCUUUUGCUAUGAACGCCGUAGAUUGCGUCCCUCUAAAUAACUAUAAUAACAAAUCAAGAAAUCAGUAAAUCAAGAAAUCAGCAAUAGCAGCAACAAAUAUGUCGAGUAGAGUAUAUGUAUUGUAUGUAAUCACUUAAAUAGCCUUUGCAGCGAAAGCAUUUUAAACGAAACAUUUUCAUUUAGCGAAACAAGUUUAGCUCGAUUUUCCCAAAACAAUUUUAAAAAGCAUCAGCGCCUCACAACUUAGAUAAACCAAAGUCAAGUCGUUUUAAAAGUUCACAAAAAAGUAUAAGGAAAUUUGUCUCAUAGCGUUUUUAACUCGAAAUUGAAACAAUAAUUGAGCAUAUAUAGCAAAAACCUAUAUGAAAAUUACAAAAACAUAAAAUAUAUUUAUCUAUAACUAUAUAGAGAGAGCAGUCUAAGCCCAUACAGAUUGAUUUUAAAUCUUAAGCAGCAUGUAGCACCCCUUUUAUACAUUGAGAAUGCGUAAGCAACCAAAUUCAAAAUCAAUUCGACUCGAAACAUUUUACCAUAUUUACAUGGGCAUUGGAAAAUAGCAAGUUAAAAUGGAGAAACAAAUUUUAGACAAGCGAUUUCUUCUUUUGUAUAUAGCCAAUGGAAAGCUGACAUAUGGAAAACCCAGACAUAUAUACACACGAGAUCAAGCUCAGAUGAAUUGACAAAAACUGUUUAAUAUUCUAAGAACACCAAGAACACAAUUCAAAUUGAAAAGCAAAGCUUAGUGAAGAAACAUUGACUGACAAAAAUAAUGAAAAAAAAAAACAAAUUAUUAAUUAGAUCGAAUGAGUUGAUAUGAGAACGAUAAGCAAAUACAAAAAUUAAAACGCGGCCGGCAUUGUUAUAUAAUGCGACUGGCGACGGCAACUGGCAAGACUUUCUGCGUAAAUUUGAAAACAAACUAUUUUUUAACAACGUAAGUUUUAGGCAACUUCAAAUCAAUUAUCUGUCAGAAGUGAAAUAAAAGUAAAAACAAAAAAACAUGUAGAGCUAAGUAAUUGCACACAUACAAAACUACACUUAAAACUCACUGAUAAUACUGAUAAUACUGAUAAGCAGAUAAAAAUCGCAAAUCAACAAGAAAUUUGACUAAUGUCUGCAAAUCGAAGCAACGAAUUAGGAAGAAACUUACAGACGCGGAGACCACACAUCACAAACAGUAAAAGUAACGAACCUAAUGAUAAAAUUGAUUAUAAAUUUUAAUAACAAUAACGCAUACUUAAUAUUAACACUUGUAACGAGUAACGUUGGAUUAAACAAAGAUAACUAAAACUAUAAAAUCAAUUAGCCUACGCUCAAGUGCGAAUUAGCAGAUGAAAAACAAAAACCAAACCAUUCACAGCUAAGAAAUUCUAUUUAAAAUCCACUUAUCCAAUAUCAAGUUCAGAUUAAACUCUUUUUCCCCACUUUCCUUUACUCAUCUAUAACUGCUACGCACACAGAUAAUACGGAAGAGAACACAGCCCUAAGCUAAAGUAAUGAAUAUAUCAAGCUGACUUAACUAACUCCAUGCCUAAGGAUAAAAAAUAAAAUAUAAAAACGCCACACACGUGUCAAAAUACGUUUAUAUAGGGAAAAUUAUUGAAACAAAAACUUGCCCGUUUUUCUUUCUAUUUUGCAAAAUUUCAACAAAAAUAAAUCGUUUGGUUGAACAAGAAUUCUGUCGUUUACGUUUCCGCUAUUGCUAGAUCUCAAGUAAAGCAAAAAGUUAAUUAAUAUAUAUAAAUGUAUAAAACGAAAAUAUAUAAAUUAGUUUUAAACUAACGAAAGAAUACUUCCAAUUUUGAACUCAAGUAUAAAGCAAAAUACAAACUGUUGGCAGUCGAUGAAGGACGAAGGACGCGUGUGUUUUAAAACGUAUCUAUGAACAUUGUUCAGCAUAAGCCUAAAAACAAUAACUUUUUUUAAAUUUAAAAAUACACAUACAUACACACCAACACACACACCAAGCAGUUGCCUAAAGUAAAAAUAAAAAAAGAAAAUGAAAAACGAAAACGAAAUAAUGAAAACAUGAAUUAAAACUUGCGCAAAAUUUGCAAACCAGCAAAGAACUUUAAAUACAUAAUAUUAGCCACAAACAAUAAGAGAAUAUAUACAACAAAUUCUAAAUGACCAUAGUUAAGCUUAACUUUAGUAACACUCACAUACAUACACUCACACACAUAUACACAUAAUUAUUAAAGUAAAGUAAACUGUCGUUGUAGGGGAUGAGAAGUGUGCGCCAUUUUCUAACUACAAUAACAAGAGAAAGAAAAUUACUAAAAUAUUUACCCAUUUUUUAUUUUUGAUAAGUUUCCCCAUGAGUUUUCCUGAAUAUUUUACUUUUUUUUAUUGAGAGAGCAUUUCACGCAAUUGCAAUUGAUUGUUGCCUUCGCAAAAAGAAAGGGAAGAAUAAUUUUAAAACUUUAAUCAUUUUUUUUCUUUAAACACACACAAACACAACAAAUAAAUUAAUUUGAUAAGGAAGUGAAUUAUGAAAAUUCUAUAACGCCGCGUCUUUUUGCAUGCAAAAUUUUCGAUUUUUCGCCCUAGAAAUUUCCACAUUUGGUGACUUAAAACCUUUGAACCCAAUUCAAAUUGCAAAUAUAUAAAUAUAAUUAAUUUUAACAAUUUGUUUAAUUCGAUAACUGUACUGAUUUUAUAUUGUUUUAAAUUUGUAAUUUAAUUUAUAAGUUUUUAUUGUUAAUGUGUUUUUUCUAUUGUAAACUAAAACUAAACUAAAUCUAUAAACCAAUUGGCAAAUUGUUACACAAUCCGUUAAAGUUAACCGAUUUCGUCGAUUCAAAAAAAAUUGAGAAUGAAAUUUUUACCAAAAUUAUGUGCCGUUAUUUAGAAACCAUUUCUUUGGAAGCCUAAAAUUUACCUGCAUCCCCACCCACCCCUGCCCUGAACCUUUACCCCCAAAAACACCCAACACCCUACACCCCUAAUUGUGUUAAAUAUUGUAAUUUGUAAUUUUUGUUUUAAUUUUUCGGGAAAGCAAAAACGUUUGGCAAAAUUAGUUUUUAAUUUGAAUAUUUAGUUUUGUUUGUGCGCUUAAGUUUUCAAUAGUAUGUUAUAUAUAUUAAACUAUGAAUAUUAAUUUUUAGCAAAAUAUUUUUACGACCUAACAUAAUUCACUAAUGUUAAAUACUUAAAGAACUUAUUUGUUUAGCUGUUUAAUUGGUUUAAAAUUUUUGUGUAUUGUGAAGAGGAGCGCAAGCAAAAUUUAUCUUUGAUCUAAUAACAAUAACAAUAACUGUAUACGUGUGUAAAUUUCAACAAGAACCUUCAAAAAAAACAAAAAAAUCAACACAAUACUGAAAAUAGAAAUAGAAAAUAGAAAGUCGAAAGGAAUCAUGAAAGAAAGCAAGGUGGACAACAAAAUUGCAAACUGCGCAUGGAAACUGAGCGAAAAAAAUGAAAAACUUUACAUGAAUUGUGAUGAUGCAAAGGCAAGAUUUAAUCAUAAUUACUAAAUCUAUAUAUACAAUAAAUAUAUAUAUCUUUCUCUAUAAAUAUAUAUAUUUGAGUAUAUAAUGUAUAUGUAGGCGUAGGAGUGUAUAAUCUAACUUUACUUUUAAACAGACUGCGUACGUAUUAAAAAUUUUUAAAAUUAAUUUGUGUAAAAUGUUUUAAGUUUUGAAAAAUUGGCAAAUAAAGAAAACAAUAAAAAUUAAUAAAUCAAAAACACGAUCGUAUUGUAAAUUGAAAUAUACAAAUUAUUUCGACCUAUUCCAAAUUAUCUCUUCAAACCUUUUCAGCAGCAAAAUCUAUUCAUGUAUAUUUCAAGAAUCGGCUUAAAGCAAGCGCACCUGUUUAUAAAGAAAGGUGAAGGACAGUGGCAGUGGAUGCAAGGAUCUGAUACCUUUGGAAAGUUUCCAAGAUUGUUUCUUCUUUAAUACACAGAAAAAAAAACACGAUUUGUAUGAGGACAAUAUCUGUUUCAAA